GUGGGAAGCAGGAAGGCAUGUGUGUAGCUGGGAGACGUUCAUUGAAGUAUCACUAGUUCACUAGUGCUGGAACAUUUAGACAUUUAUUAUUCACAAUGCCAACAUCCGGAUUAGUGUGAAGCUAAAAUAACUGUGUGAUUGUUUCAUUUUAACCUUUGACAAUGAAUACGUUAUUCGCGAUCGCUUUGGUGUUUGUUGGUUGCUGCAGUAAUGUUGUGUUUUUGGAACUUUUGGUUAGGGAUUUCCCAGGGUGUGGGAAUAUUGUCACAUUUGCCCAGUUUGCCUUUAUUGCACUGGAAGGGUUCAUCUUUGAGACAAACUUUGGACGCAAAAAGCCACACAUACCCCUCAGUAACUAUGUGAUCAUGGUGACCAUGUUCUUUACCGUCAGCGUGAUCAAUAACUACGCCCUGAACUUUAACAUCGCUAUGCCUCUGCACAUGAUCUUCAGAUCAGGAUCUUUAAUAGCAAACAUGAUCCUCGGUAUUAUCAUCUUGAAGAAAAGAUAUUCGGCGAGUAAAUAUCUCUCCAUCGUGCUGGUGUCUGUGGGCAUUUUCAUCUGCACUAUUAUGUCGGCCAAACAAGUGAAUGUUGAGAAAGGGGCCACAGAGGAAGAUGUUUUUUAUGCCUUCAUGCAUUGGCUUCUGGGUAUCGCCAUACUGACGUUCGCCUUGCUGAUGUCUGCAAGAAUGGGCAUUUUCCAGGAAACUCUGUACAAGAAAUAUGGCAAACACUCCAAGGAGGCUCUGUUUUACAAUCACUUUCUGCCAUUACCGGGAUUCCUCCUGCUGUCAACAGACAUCUACAAACACGCUGUGCUCUUCAGCCAGAGCUCUCCAGUGGAAGUGCCUGUGAUUGGUCUGUCUGUGCCUGUCAUGUGGUUAUACCUACUGAUGAACGUCGUCACCCAAUAUGUGUGCAUCCGCGGCGUGUUCAUUCUGACCACGGAGUGUGCGUCGCUCACGGUUACACUAGUGGUGACGCUUCGCAAAUUCCUGAGUCUCAUUAUUUCCAUCCUGUACUUCCAUAAUCCCUUCACAGCCUGGCACUGGGUCGGCACGGCCGUGGUGUUCCUGGGAACGCUGCUCUACACGGAAGUGUGGUCCAGCAUUCGUGCGGCGGUGAAAGGAGAGAAAGCUGAGAAGAAGGCAGAGUAAAUUAUGGAAGCCCGUUUCCAUAUUACACCACGGAAUAAAAUAAAAAAAAAGGUAAU